CAGUUCCACGGUUCCUCCUCCUCCCUCUAUUUCCCUGUCCAGACUGGUGGCCACAGCAGGGCACGCCGGCGACGCGCACCCGCCGGCAACCAGGUUUCCCGGCGCCGCCCCUUGUCUAGUUCUCAGCUUCUCCUCGCGGCGCCCCUUACUGGCUUCCUCUUCUUCCCAGACGGUGGCGCGUCAAGACUCCCCACCCGGCUGUCCGGCGAGGACCUCGGCUCCUCGCCCCUCCGCCGCUAAAGAGCCGCCAUCCAGCCGCCCAGCCCCAGGCCCCACCGCCCCAGCUCCACCUCGGUCCCCUCGCCUCACCUCGACCCGGAUUCCGCCCCUCGCCUCACCUCGACCUACAUCUGCCUCGUCCCCAUGGAGGCGGCGGCGAGCCGCAAGCGCGCGUACAGCAUCAUCGUGCCUACCUACAACGAACGCCUCAACGUCGCCCUCAUCGUCUACCUCAUCUUCAAGCACCUCCCGGAUGUGAACUUUGAGAUCAUUAUUGUGGAUGAUGGUAGUCCAGAUGGAACUCAGGACAUUGUAAAACAGCUGCAGCAAGUAUAUGGUGAAGAUUUUGUUUUACUGCGAGCUAGGCCAAGGAAGCUAGGGCUUGGUACCGCAUAUUUACAUGGACUAAAGCAUGCCUCAGGGGAAUUUGUCAUUAUCAUGGACGCGGACCUAUCUCACCAUCCAAAAUACUUGCCAAGCUUUAUUAGGAAGCAAAAGGAAACUGGAGCUGACAUUGUAACUGGCACACGUUAUGUUAAGAAUGGUGGUGUCCAUGGUUGGAAUCUCAUGCGCAAGCUGACUAGCAGAGGUGCAAAUGUUCUUGCACAAACGUUACUGCAGCCUGGAGCUUCAGAUUUAACCGGAUCAUUUAGGCUAUAUAAGCGAGAUGUCCUGGAAGACUUAAUCUCCUCAUGUGUCAGCAAGGGCUACGUGUUCCAGAUGGAGAUGAUUGUUAGGGCUACAAGGAAAGGUUAUCACAUUGAAGAGGUUCCAAUAACGUUUGUGGACAGAGUAUUUGGAAUUUCAAAACUUGGCGGGUCCGAGAUAGUUGAAUAUUUGAAAGGCCUUGUUUAUCUUCUGCUCACAACAUGAUUGAAGAUAUAUAGUAGGCUUCUGGUUUGUGGGUACAACCGUGUUACAUUACAGAGAAUUUUACUGAUGUGUUAUUAAUGCAGCUUGAAUUGUAACAGUACCACCAUUACGCAUGUUUCCAGUGGAUGGAUUAUUGUACUC